UUUAAUACGAACAAAACUUCUCUUGAACAAAAAACGGAUGAACGCCACAUAGAGAAACGCAUAAACAAAACAAACAGCGGUGUAUGGUAAGGUGAUAAAAAUCACAGAAAACUCAUUUCGGCUAUUUAAAAGAAAAUUGAAAAGAAAUUCUUAUUAAUGUUUACAAUGUUUUCAAAUAAGAAAUCAGCAUAAAAUAAUAUGCAUGUGGUGAAAGAAAAGUGCACAAAAGUGCGCACUUACGCAUUAUAAGCAGCUAAUGCGUCGGGCGAAAGGUUUUUUCGUGUAGUUGUGUCCGUGUGUGAAAAAGGGGAGGGAAUUGGUUUGUUAAAUUGGACUGUGAAGAAAGUAGAAAUGGUAGAAACUCUAUCGUCGCCGCCACCGAAGAUUUCGAGAAAUACUGCACAGAAAAUUCGAUGCAAAGCUGUCGCAUAAUAAAUUCACUUUCAAAAUAUUAGUCCUUGUGAUCAAAUUAAUAUAGUAAAUAUAUUGCGUACGUAAUUAAAAUACGAUCAAAAACUACAUAAGUGAAAAAUAGUACAACUGGUAAAAUUGGUAAUAUUUACAUACGAAAGCAAAACAGCUAAAAACAAAAAUGUAUACCUGGCUAAGGUGUAGCGCAGCUAUACGGUGGCAUUAAAAACGCUGAUAAUACGGAAAAUUGUGUAGCGUAAAAACCAUAUAUACGGGUGAGGUCAAGUAGGCUGACCACUCGUACCGUCGUUUAAAACGCAGUCAGGCAGUCUACUGCUUACACGGCUAUGUAGGGUGAGGCUGCAUCACAGUGAAUUUAUGCAUUUUUCGACUAUCAAGCAAUAUUAAGAGUAUAUAUAUAUAUAUAUAUAUAUGUAUAUACAUAUAUAAGCGGUUAAAUUACAGUGAAGUUAACAUACAAAGAGACGGCAACCAAGUUCUGCAAUUCUACACAUUAAAAAAAAUCAAACAAAAAAGAAAGCGGGCCAUUGGUCAGUGAUUGUUAGCUUAUAUCCUGUUUCUGCCGAACCGAAGCGAUGGUGAAAGUACUUAUAAUGCAGCGUGUGAAAUUGGGUGGCGAUGAAUUUAGAGAGGCAAAAUUAUUAUCCUGUAAUCCAAUAUGGGUGUGCCGGGUAUUUGUAAAGCAUAACUAAAAAUUAAUUUGCGCAGCAGCAACAGUAACCUACGAUUUCACAGUGUUAUAAAUAAUCAAGUUUGGAAGGAAGAGGCAAGGAAGAAAAUUUAAGCUAACAAGCCGGCAAGCCAUAUUUGGCCCACCCCGCACUUCUAUUUACUACAUUGACAUUCACACACAUAUGCUUUCACAUAAAAGAUAUUGAGAAAAUCAUUUGCUUCCUGAAUGAGGUUUAGCCGCGAUUCAUCCUCUGCGCUCCGUUACGCAAAAAUUAACUGCGGUUAAACAGAAAAUUCUCCGUAGCUUGCGAUCUCUAUUUUGCCAAUGCCUAAUAACGUUAUAAAAAAUAGCAGCGCCAGCAGUACCAGUAAUGGGCGCAGCAGCAGCAGCAACAAUAGUAGCAGCAGUAGUGCCAAUGCAAAUUCAGCAAAGUCAAUUAAUAGCCAUAAAAAUGAGACAAAAGCCUUGUCUGCCGCCUCGUCUGCAAUGUCUACUUUUGUAGGAUCAUCCAACACACUGCCAGACAAAAGCGUUAUAAUUAAACAAUCAAACAACAACGAACGCAUUGCUUCACAUCGGCGUGAUGGUUCCAAUAUUACUGGUAUACAGCGACCACCAUAUCGUAAGUUACAAUAUAUAAACCCACAGACGCAUUUUCGCAAUGCCACAGCAUCAACAGAAGCCUUAGGAGAUGCGACGCUAAAUGACAGUUGUAGUGAUGUGCUUGUCUACUCCGAAGAUGGCCAUCUGGUCUCGGCUAGUUUAGAGGCGCUCAUCACACAUAUGGUGCCCACAAGCGAUUACUACCCAGAAGAAAAUUUCAUAUUCGCAUUUUUACUUAGCGCACGCCUAUAUGUGAGGCCGCAUGAAUUACUUGCACAAAUAUCACAAACCUGGGAGCGUCAGCAGCAACAACAGCAGGAACUGAAACAGCAACAUAAUCUACAACAAGGCGUGGACGUCGUCGACGAGGCACAUUUCAGCCAUUUGGCCGUCGCUGCCUCAGCAUCGCCGUUAAUGCAGCGUAAAGCUGCGAAUAGUGCCGUUUUAUUGCCACCAACAGUUGGCCAUAAUGAGGUAAACGUAAUUGUGGAGGGCCACCUCAAACAGCGUACAGCCAUACAGUUGAGUGCCCAGAAUUGCAUACGUUUGCUUGCCGAAUGGAUUGAGACAUUUCCAUACGAUUUUCGAGAUGAACGCCUAAUGCAGCAGGUGCGCAUAUUGGCGCGGAAAUGUGUCUACAUUGAUAAUGCGCUCGGCAGGCGAGUGUCAAGAAUUUUACAAUUGCUUGUACAUCGCCUCACCGUGCUGGAACAAUAUGAGGCGACAUUGCAAGCAAUGGCAGCUACUGAUCUCAACACGGUGGGCAAUAAUCAGCAACAACUACCGCACUACAACACAUCGGCAGCGGCGUCCACUACAGCUAGCACUCAAAGCGGCACGCACAAUUCGCUAGUGGGUUGUGUAAAAAGUCAUACACUGCACACAACCAGCAUAACAGAGGCAAACAAACCAACCACAAUCACAAACAAUUCAAACUCAUUAGGCUCUGUGGCCGUAGCAGCUGUAGCAGCGGCCAUAGAUGGCAAUAGUGCGCAUGAAGUGCACGGCAUUAUGGACAUAUGUCCAAGUUGUGCGCAGUUGGCGCAUCAGCUGACCGCCAUUGAACUGGAGCGGCUGUCACACAUUGGUCCCGAAGAGUUUGUGCAAGCUUUCGCCAAGGAAUAUCAACAUACUAUUGAUGGCAAAUCAACAGCAAUUACAACAACUAGCAGUGGAAAGAAUGCGGCGAGCGUUGACUCCACGACGCUGAAUGAUAUGAAGAAAACGCGCAACCUAGAAUCGUACGUGGAGUGGUUUAACCGGCUGAGUUACCUGACGGCAUCGGAGAUUGUAAAGUAUCCGAAGAAAAAGCAGCGUGUACGCAUAAUCGAAUACUGGAUAGAGACCGCGCGGGAGUGUUUCAAUAUUGGCAACUUUAACAGUUUAAUGGCGAUUAUAGCUGGCUUAAAUCUAGCGCCCAUUUCAAGGCUUAAGAAAACAUGGUCGAAAGUGCAAUCUGCAAAAUUCUCUGUGCUGGAACAUCAAAUGGAUCCUACAUCGAAUUUCAAUAGCUAUCGCUCAACACUUAAGGCAGCCAUGUGGCGUUCGGAAGGCGCUACGGAGGAACGUGAACGCAUAAUCAUUCCAUUUUUUAGUUUAUUCGUUAAGGAUUUAUACUUUUUGAACGAGGGCUGUUCCAAUCGUUUGCCAAACAAUCAUAUCAAUUUUGAAAAAUGCUCACAACUCGCCAAACAGGUGAUGGAGUUCAACGAAUGGAAAAAGGUCACUUGCCCAUUUGAGCAAUUACCAAAUGUGAUUGCAUAUUUGCAGACCAGUAGUGUUUUAAAUGAGAACACAUUGUCGAUGUCGUCAUUCGAAUGUGAACCACCCGAAAAUACCGAGGAGAAGGGACGUUACAAAACGGUUAAAGCCGAAACCAAACAACAAUUAUUACAUCAGCUGCAAGAGCAACAACAUCAACACCAACCAUAGUCGAUUGCAACAGUGUUGCAACAAAAAUGUAUGUUCUUUUUAGAGUAUGUGUAUGUAUGUACUAGUAGGGUUAAUGCGGCGCAAACUAAAUAUUUGGCAUUAUUUGUCAAAUACUUUGCAUUAAUAAUGAAAAAUAUUGAAAUGAUUUUGUUUUUUAAAUUCGCUGGAACUAAAGCACCUUAAUAUCAAAAUGCAAUUUUAAAAAAUAACGGUUAUUUGCGCUGCAAAAUGUAUAACCCGCAUAGAUUUAUUUUUGUUUCUAGCAAUUGUUGCAGAACGCUUGCCAUUUUUUGAUACCUACUUUGAUAUUUUCAAAACGUUUUUAAACAUAUACUAAGUCUAGUUACAUUUAUCUUUAGCCUGUAAGAUGACAACAGCAACAACAACAACAACAACAAACAAACCACAAAUUAAUAGCAUUAUAGUAGGGUAAUAAAAGGAACACAAAACAAUUAAAAUUUACUUGAGGACAAUUUUGUGACUUUAAAAGUCUAAAAUUCUAUAGUGUACUACUUAAAAAUAUACAUUGUCGCAGCAUUAUGUGGUUGCCAGUAAAUUGUACUUAAUGCAUUUAGUAAUUUAUCGAAUACAUAUAACAAAAACAAAACGUAAGCAAAUCUCAAAUAACGCUAAAAAAGCAGCAACAAAAAAUAUUACCAAUUUCUUUAAGAAAUUAUUUGAGUUACUUUAAUUUUUUUUUUAUAUACAUAACUAAUUAUUAUUAUAUUUAUAUUACUAUUAUUGUUUUUAGUUAUUGUGACAACUUUUGUGUUUAACUUCAAAAGGAUUUAAUGUUCAACCCUGUGUGUGUUUUGUACUAUGAUAUGUAGCUCUAUUAAUGUUUAAACAAAUGAACAGAAAAACUCUUAUGUAAGUUGUAAUUGUACUAUAUACAUACAUACACACUUGCACAUGCAUUAUUUGCUAAAUAUGUGCAUGUAAAACUUAUAAUGCACCCGAUAUUUAUGAGAACAUUGCGUGUUUCUAUUGCUAAGUUGACAGUAUUGAUAUUUACAACUAAAAUUUACUAUUAUAUAGUUGAACAUGAUGAGGAGAGAUCAAAAGAAAUUUUGUAAACUAAAAGUAAACAUGAAUUAUAACUAAUUAGUUAUCAAUUGUGUUACACGAAAACAAAUGCUCACUAUAAAAGCAACAAAAAUGCAGUAUUUAUGUUCAUGAACAUUUUCUUUAUAUACUCGUGAAUAAAACAAUUACAAUUUACUACAUUUACACAACACACACAUUCGAAAAAAAAACAAAAAAAAAAUAAAUUAAAAAACUAAACCUUUGGAAACAGAAAUG